UCCCGACAUGAUCUCGCUCACAGCUUUUCGACCCUGGAAGCACAACACGGCCCACCCCAACAACCCCUUAUCCCGGACAACCAUGAGAUUAACGAAACUCCUUCUCACCUACCAUCCACCAGGCAUCACGGUGGAGUAUGAACAGGGGCAGCGGAAGCACACGAAAUCGGUCGAUCUGAGCGGGGUUUUCGAAAGCCCAGAUCCAGAAACCUACGCCCAAACCCUCACCGCCACCGACCCGGUCUUGUCCCACAUCAACCAUGCCAAAUUCGUGAAAGUCAUCAACCGCCUCCAGGCCGCCAAUGCUCCGCCGACAUCAGAACAGCCUGGACCCGAGUACAAGAUGCAUAAGAAACUGCGGGCGCAUGUGAUGCCGUUGACGAAUUGCGCGUUCAACAAAUCUGGGAGCCGGGUGAUAACAGGAAGUUAUGACCGCCUAUGUAAAGUAUGGAACACGGCUACGGGCACGGAACUGUUGACGCUGGAUGGACAUAAGAAUGUGGUUUAUGCGGUGGCGUUCAAUAAUCCUUUUGGGGAUAAGAUCGCAACAGGAUCCUUCGAUCGAACAGCCAAGCUCUGGUCCACAGAAACCGGCAAAUGCCACCACACGUUCAAAGGGCACACGGGCGAGAUCGUCGGCUUGGCGUUCAACCCGUACAGCACCGUGCUGGCGACGGGCAGCAUGGACAGUACGAGCAUGUUGUGGGAUGUGCGGACUGGGAGCGAUGUGUGUCGGUUUAAGGGACAUUCUGCGGAAGUCAUCACUCUGUCGUUCAGCCCCGACGGCAGAUACAUGCUCACGGGCUCCUUUGACUCCACACUCAACAUCUGGGACGUCUCCACCCGGCGAAACCUGCACACGCUGAUAGGCCACCGCUCCGAAAUCUCCGCCGCCGUCUUCAACACCCGCUCCACGCACGUGUUAAGCGGGAGCAUGGACGCGACGGCGAAGGUGUGGAGUGUUGCGAGCGGGGAGUGUUUGGUGACUUUACGAGGACAUACGGACGAGGUGCUGGAUGUCGCGUACAGCAUAUCAGGCACACGGGUCGCGACGGCGUCGGCGGACGGGACGACACGGGUGUAUGGGACCGAGACCUGGGAGUGUUUGUGGACAUUGGUGGGGCAUGGGAGUGAGGUUUCUAAGGUUGCGUUCAACCCAUCCGCAAGCCUGAUAUUGACGGGGAGCAGGGAUAAGACCGCGAGGGUGUGGGAUGUUAAGGAUGGGAAAUGUCUUCAGAUCCUCGAGGGCCAUACGGACGAGAUCUUCAGCGCUGCGUUUAACUAUGAGGGGGAUUUGAUACUUACUGGAUCGAAAGAUAACACUUGCCAUUUAUGGAAAGCUGAACAAAGCUAGCCUCCCGCCCGUCUCUUCGCUUCCACAUACCCAUAAUCAACAUCUACAUAGACGACCCAAAUGCACUUCUCACUGCACAAUGACACGAUAUAUUAUGAUUCAGCCAUAUACGGAUACAAGUUGCCAUCAUCGGCGACGCCUCGGGCAGAGGUACAAUUAUGUGGAUGGCAGAUAACCACCACGGAAAAUGGAAUUGGGUGAAAAUUCUAGACUACCG